AUGACUCCGCCCGAGUGCACAAGAGUGCGAGACCUGCGCGUGUGUGGACAACACUUCAAAGACGAGGACUAUAACAUCAGGACCGGAGCGCUGAGGACCACACUCAAGAGUACUGCCGUGCCUUCACCGGUCACACACACUGAGCAGGUUGUGAAGAUGGACACAGCAGGAGACAUAGAAGCUGAACGUCUUCCUGUAGAUAAGGGAAGACACCUGUCUCCUGGCACAGAUACGGGCGAGAGACGUUACUCCGGAUAUCAGUUUCCUCCGAAGCUGCUCGUCACGACACCACAGCGUGCGAAAUCCAGAAUUCCACAAAGAACACCGUCCACAUCUGGCGUUUAUAAAGUCUUUCCUCCUACUAGAUCACAACCUGAGACAGCAGACUGCGAGUCACAUCUGUCCAGCUGUCACCACUGCGUUCCAGCUGUUUCUUCUGCAUCACCAGAAGGUUACGUGAACCUGAGCAAGGAGGUGCUGCUGCUUCUGAUGUUCCGCUGUUUGGAGUGCUCCAGCGAGUGUCGCAUUCGAGGAAUAGGCAAAGGAGGGAGUCUGUCUCUCGGACAAGAGUGUCUGUCCUGCUCGAAUUACAGACUGUGGACGUCUAGACAAGCGGAGAAGCCGAAGGAGAAGGCUAUUGAUGCAGUUUUUGUCCCACCCUAUGAAGACGUCUUUACUCAGACAUCUGGUAACUCUUCGCUAUUCUCCGCUCUGCACACAGGACACGGCGUGGCGGAGUGUAAAAGCGAUGCCGUGCAAGACAAAUCAGACACUGAUACCAUUGCAAGUGUUAUAGUGAAAGAGGAAUGGGAAGACUGUAACGAGGAGGUGAAAGAGGAGCAAGAGAGCCUCCUUAUUGAGACAUUCGAGGGUUACGCCGGGACCGUUAAAGACGAGACAGACGAGUUUAUGCCGUACGAGGAACUCGAUUUUCAGACUGUGACCCUGUUGAUCGACGAGACCGGUCGCGUAAGGCGAGCUGAGAUACCGAGAGACAUUGAUGACGAAGAGGAUUUGGAAGAGAAUUGCAAAUCUGACGAGGACCCGAGCGUGUUCGAUUCACUGGAAGAUUUGAAAGAGCAAUCUUCUGAUUUGGAUCCAUUUCAGAACAUCAUCAAACCAGUUAUUUGGUGUACAGACUGUACAGACGUAGCUAAGAUGAUCUGCACGAUUCGGAGGCACAAAAAGAUCUACGGUUGCACAGAGUGCAGCGGUGACGCCUGGGAAGAAAACAGCACUUUUAAAAACUUCUCUGUUCAUUUUUGUGACAUAACGAGUUUCCAUAAGCAUGCCGUAAAGGAGCACAGUGCACAAGAAAUCCCUCCGGUUCAAAACAGAGUGUCAAAAAACCCACACAAAACUAUCAGAAUGUGGACAAACCUGAACAAAAAGCGAAAAGAACAUGUUCACUUGCACAACAAUCACUUGCAGAAGCAUCACCGCGGCGAUGGCAACGCCCUAGGAGAAGAGGACCAGUCGAUAGACGAUUCCUCCGGGACGAAGUGGCCUGGAAAGAGAGCUUGGAAAAGGUGCACUCUGCAUGCUGGGGAUGGGAAAAAAGACAGAGAAUCGGGGAGUCGCUCCAAGAGCGAUACGUCUGAUUCCGAUGAAGAGUGGACGAAAAGGGGAAGGAGAAAGAAUGCCAGGAGGAAAAGAAAAGAGAUGACGCUCCUACAUGCUGAAUGAGCAUCACAGACUAUAUUAUUUAAUCUCAUCACAAUGAUUUAUGCAAAUGAGGUUAAAUUUAAUUAGAGCAUGGGACAACAGAAAAUAAAUAAGGGCCCUAAAAAAUGUAACAAACUCCAAGUGUAUUAUUGUAUUUCAUUAAUAAUGAAAUCAUCUUUUAAAUUCAAUUAAAUUUUAUUUAUUCAGUAUAGCGGUUUAACAAUGGUCAUUGUGGCAAAGCAGCUUUACAGAAUCAAAGGCAAU